GUGCAACUGCAUACUAUACCAGUAGCGAACGUGGAUCAAAAGGUUGGAUUGCAUAUGAAUGUAUUGACUGGGAUGGUUUGUAUUCUGAUGAGGUGCGGGACCCUUCAGAUGAACCAGUACAACUCAAGUGGAAAGAGAAAUCAGAUAUCCAAGUGGCAGGUAUGAUAGCAUUUUACAUCUUGACCAAAGGAAAGCAUCCAUUUGGUGCUCCAAUACACCAACUGAUAAAUUUACAUGAUGGCAACCCAGUGAGUUUAAGCAAGCUCAGUGAUCCUGUGGCCAAAGACCUGCUUUCUCAAAUGUUGGCUCAGGAGCUAGAUGAACGACCAUAUGUGGAGCAAGCCUUAAAGCACCCUUACUUUCUCUCAUCCGAAGACCAGAUGAAGUUUUUAGAAGCUUUAGGGAACGAGCGUGAAAUAAAGAGUUUCAAAGGGGAUCCCAACUGUGCUGUUUCGGGAGAGCUAGACAACCGUGAUCCAUCAAAACCUCGAAGCUCAUUGUUACUAAAUGACUGGAAAGCAGUCAUCGACCCAGAUGACCUCAACACAUUUUGUGCAGGAGGUCAUACCCCCCCGUCCAGUUUUGAUGGCAGCCGUUACACGCAUUGUCUUCGAUUCAUAAGAAAUGUCCGUCAGCAUUGGGGCGACAAACGGCCACCUCCACAAUUGAAAGCUAUGGGAAAGGCUACUUCUCUUGAUGAAUAUUUCCUGCAAAAAUUUCCAACCCUCCCGCUUGUUGUGCAUCAAAUCAUCAGAAAGCAUCCUGACUGGAAAACACGCCCUUCCUUGAAGGAGUUUUUCCCCGUGAUAAACCGUCGCGCAGGGCCUGAUGCAGACUGA